CUUCUCGUGUUAUAACAUUUGUCCCUAAAGCGCAGAAGCAAAGCACAUUCUGCCUUUUCCAUUCUCUUCUAUUGCACAGAUGGAAUCGUGUCUGCAGCACAACCCACACGUACUCACAGGCGAGAGGCUACCCCUCCCCCCUCUGUUUUGGUCACGUCACACACGUCAGUCCAGCUUCGACAGGUUGCCAUGGCGACUACGACGCUGCAGCUGCCUCCAGGGACACACAGCGACAUUUCUGGGUCAAAAAUAGUUUAACAAAGUGUCCAGUGAGCGAACGCAGCAUGAAUUCACCUUGCCUUAUUUUUCUGUAAAACAUGAUUUUCUAAUGGACACUAGGGAAGAAAAGAACCAGUCAGCUGUGGACAGAGCAGAUACGCUACUGUCGCAGACAGAAGAUGAAUGGGAGCAGCCUGUUACAGAAAUGAGACAGGGGGAUCUGGAGAUCGGUGACGAGAUCUUCCUCAGGGAUCAGGAGGCUUAUGAGUAUCACUGCUACUCAGGUUGGGAAGAAGCUGUCCGGGGCUGGGCAAGAGUCGCUCCAAUGGCCUGCAUAUUUGUGCCACAGAAGAAGAAUCAUGGGAAUAAACAGGCUGAAGACCUCGUACCUGCAGACAGAAAUCUGCUGAAGCAAAAAGCUCAACCAGCUGCACUUUUGCCGAGCCUAGUCAGUCUGAAGCUGCUUGUGCAGCCACAAGGUUCGAGAAGAGCACCUCUCCAAUUUCACAUAUCUUACUCAGAGAAAUGAUAGAGGAGGUAGGAAGGCCUGAAAAGCCAUCAUUAUCUCUGAGCCACCGCCAUGUGACCUCAAAAAAUCCUAUAGUCGUGAACAUGCGCACCAUUUAUCAGAAACACAGCCACAGUAAAACUGUAGUUCCUACUAAAAUCUUAACAUUUUUUCCCCCAACAAAAUCACCAGAGGUGAGUCCAGCAACAAUUAGCAGUCAGUUUUGCUUUGGCAAGAACGCUCUUGAAAUCCUUCAAAGCAAAUACUAGGAAAAGAAGAACAAAAGUGGAUCCAGACCUACCUGAUGCUUACAGACUCACAAAGCACCUAACAAGUCACAGUGACUGCCCCCAGGCCACUAAGAGUUUGUCACAGGUGCGAGAUACCUCCCACCUCCAAAUUUGACACCAUGCGCCACAUACGUUACUUGAUGGAUGAGCACCUUACUCAGGCCUUCACUUCCAGAGGUGCAACAGGUACACACAUUCACAUGAAGCCCAG